UUCUGAUAAGUCCACUCCUCGAUUGGUCCGGAUCCGCUCGAACAACCAAUAAUUAGCGGACAGGCCUUGACAUGGGCAGAGAAAUGCGUUUCAGCAAAGCUGCAAGACCAGCGGUCAACAAUCAUGCCCAACUGCUACGACUCGGCUCACUGAGCUGCUGCCUGGGUUGGGCUAAGGUGCCUAACCACUCAUGCUCGUUGUCAGAUCCCUUUGCCCAUCUCGGUCAGGCGUAUGAAGCAUGGAAUGUCAAGUGUUUAAGAGGGAGACCGAGCACCUCCCGAACCGCAUCUCCUCACUUUAUUAUCUCUUAUUACACUCCCGGACUACGUUUCUAUUCCACCCUUAUAGACCCUGAUUGUGAUCCUCCCAGCGAGGACCCCGCUUCCCUAAACUACAAACAAGACAUCUUGCCUAGUCAUCCCAAACAUGGCCGCGGCCGUCGCUGUUCCCCUGUCCACCAUCAACGGCGCACUCGGCGGGGUGCUUCCUCCCAGUGCUGUGAUGCAGCACUCUCCCCGCCAUGGCCGGAGCAGAGCCAUGAGCAUGAAGGGCAAGGGCGGCCGGCAGCGAGGGUACAGUGUUGUAGAGGAAAGGGAUGUUACACUCGCCAAGGCCGUCAUGUUUGUGGUCAAGCGGGCUAUUCAGAGAGAGGAAGUGGAGGACGGGGAUGAUAGAGAGUUUCUCGUGGUGGACCCGGAGGGAUGGGUUAGCGUUGCCGACUUGCUGGUGCACUCUAGGAUCUCGGCCCUCGAUGCCACGUUUGAGGACAUCCAGCGGAUCAUAGCGACUGCGACUAAACCCCGGUUCGAUCUCCGGCCGACUCCCAAGACCGACGCCGGGUCCGACAAUCCUACCUCGUGGCAAAUAUCUCGCAUCACAGAUAAGGAAGCCGUCGCAUCUCCUGUUCCGGUGGGAAACAAAUUGACCGCUGACUCGCCGGAUCUACCGGAGUUCGUCAUCUACGAGACGUCUUACCAACGGUACCCCCUUCUUCUGGCCCUGGGUGUCAUCACCCGGGCCCCUGGAGGCAGCAACUAUCACACAUUUAUCCCAGUGACAGUCGACGAAGACGGUAACGAGUCACGGCAGACCCCCAAUGGCGCAGGGGAAGUCGCCGAAGUCCGCGUCUGGAUCCAUCUCCGGACCGCUCUGGAGGUGGAGCCAGGCAUCACAUGGCACCGCAGCGACAGCGGCGCCAUCAUCACGGCCAACGAGGUGCCGAAGAGUCUCUGGAAGAAGUCCAUUGCGCGUCGCCCGGACAUUGGGCUCUUGUUUGAACAUGGCGAGGUCCGCAAAGAGGUCCCUGCUAACCUGCGUGGCAAGGGGGCAAAGGGCAGAGCUCACAAAGGCAAGGGCGCUCUGAAGCGGAAAGGUAGCGGUGAGGAUUCGGGCAGUGCCAGCGAGGAGUAG